AUGACGGCGGAGAGCGAAGAAUUCAAGGCAUCUGUAGGGGAUGUGGUGAAGGAGAAGAAAGAGAAGAAGGAGGACGAAGCUGUUUCGCCCAAUGUCCCUCUCAGUGUCCCUCCGAAUGUUCCCGUAACGUCCGAUGCUCAAAUCAAGUCGGAGAUUCAAGGGCUUCGAUUGACUCAAGCAGCUCAAGACGAAGCACUCAAGACGGCCGAACAGCAACAACGGCAACAGCAAGCCUCGGAUGCGCAAAUCAAUGAGGCGGAGAUUCAAGCUACGAGUAGUACGUCAGAUGCUCAAAUCAAAGCGGAGAUUCAAGGGCUACGAUUGAAUCAAGCAGCACAAGACGAAGCACUCAAGACGGCCGAACAGCAACAACGGCAACAGCAAGCCUCGGGUGCGCAAAUCAAUGAGGCGGAGAUUCAAGCUACGAGUACAAGCCUCGGAUGCGCAAAUCAAUGA